GGAGCCGUGAACGAUGGGAUGAAUGACUAACUAACAAGCCAUUCCACUGACUGAGAGACGGUCAAAUAGAUAGAACACCUCACUGAGUGACUGACUGACUAACUGACCGACCGAAGCAUCGAUCUCUCUCUUGGCUUUAGCUCUACGAGCAGUGAGCAUCUAGCUGUCACCUAGCAAGCAAACACGCAAGCGAGCCAAACAGCCAGCCAGGAACAGGCCGACUUCUCCUCUCCAGUGGAGCAAACCGUCCCAAGCGGAGACGCGCUCCGUUAAAACGGAUAUCAUGUGGGCUCCAGAUCUGAACACAGACUUGGAAGAAGGCGACGACAGGAUGGCUGUGGUGCACAACACCUCUGUCACGCUUCUGCAGUGCGUGCUCAUCACAGUGGCAGGGUAUGUCAGCAGUCGCUUCGGGCUAUUCACCGAGGAUCAUAUCCGAGGGAUCGAGCUUUUCACAUCUAACCUCGCUUUGCCGGCAUUGAUGUUCGAGAAAAUCUCCUCACUGAGUCUUCGAAACGCUCACGGAGAUCUGAUACUGGGAAUCUUCUUGGCGAAACUGGUCGUCCUCUGCUCAGUGGUCCUGAUUGGCUAUUGUUUCUCACAUAAAUCAUGGAAUAUCAUCGGUCUCUACGGUAUUUUUGCCACAAUGUGCAACGAUUUCGGGAUCGCUCUACCAGUCCUGCAAGCCCUCUAUGGUGCGAAGCUGGCCGACGAAUUAUAUUUGAUCGCGCCGCUAUCGCUAUGCCUGCUGAAUCCGGUGUGUCUCUACAUGAUGGAAACUCAUGCACAGACAACAAGCGAAGAAAACUUGCUCUUGGAACCCAGCACAUCAGGCAAAGGAAGAGCGAAGUCGGGAAGUCGAUGCACACUGCUGCUAGGUGUAGUUCUACGGACGCUCUUCCAUCCCCACGUCAUUAUUUGCCUCCUCGGAAUCGCAUUCAACAUGAGCGGCUGGACGAACAGCAUUCCCGAGUUUGUUCGAAGCAGUUUGGAUGUUAUCGGAAACUCAUUCGCGGCACUGAUAUUGUUCCUGCUCGGAUUCCGACUGAAUCCUAAGUGUGUUAAGCCAACCUACAAGCUGUCCGUGAUCGCUCUCAGCGUUGUUAAAACCCUGGCUUUACCGAUACUUUGUCUGAUCGGCGUCCGGUUGGUAUCCGAUUCGGUGUCGCUUUCAAAUUUCGCCUUCAUCUACGGUGCCGUACCGACACCGCCGCUCGUUACGGUAUACGCGAGUCAAUACGACGUCAACCCCCAACAGAUCUCGACGGCGGUAUGCAUUUCGUCGAUCAUGUCUCUGCCGCUGUUGUUUGUCGCCUCGAAAAGCACCGCUCUCAAUAUGGUUCAGCCGGAUCUGUCUGAUUACCAGGAGUUGGGGAGGGAUUUGACGCCUGGAGUGAUAGCUCUGGCGGUCGUGAAUUUUCUCUGCUGCGUUCUGGUGAUCAUUUACUUGACUUUGAUUUCGUCCCGAUUCGAACGGCUUCCUUUCCAUUUCGUCCUGUGUAUCUGCAUCUCGCAAAUUUUCCAAUCGUUGGGGAUGAUCUUCUGGCAUUUCCCUCAAGUGGUACUCAACGUUUACGCCGUCUGUUUCAUCACGGCGUCCCAAAUGAGCUGUCGACUUUUCCUCGCUUUCUUCGCUAUUAGCCUAUCUUCGCUGAACGAAGGCGACCGCUUCGAAAAGUAUAAGCGAAGGCUCACAUUAUUCGGAUUUGUCGCUUCCGCGGUCACCACCUUGUUGAUGUAUUGGACUAGCGGUCGCGAUGUGAUGACGAGCUCGAAUCUUCCACUCUUCCUCAAUGGCCAGAUCGAAGCUAUAAUUUUCACUAUAGUGCUCUCCUUCUCGCUGUGCGCCUCAUUUGGAGCGCUCCUGGACGCGCUCUUCCGAGAGACGGGGCUGUCAAGCCCGCUCAGAGGCAACACCGAGUCGAGCAAGCCAUCCCGUCAUCUUCAGAAGCACCUGCUGUGUCUCAUUGGACUCUCGGGCUCGGCGCUCGUGGGUCUCAUCCACACCUAUUGGAGGAUCUCAGAUUCUUCGGACCGGCCGCUCCUCAUUGCGAUAGAAUAUCUCGACUGCUACAUGGCUUUCAGUCAAGCACUCAUAAUUUUGCUCGCCUACGGCAUCCAUUCCAAAUAUUACAACAGAGCCGAGCGCCUCUUGUACGCCUAUUUCUCCCAUCAAGUUAGCCGGAUACUAUCCGCUUGGAAGAACUCCUCACUUUUCAUGAUCUCAUCGAGCUUUUCCCCUGCUCAUAAUAUCAUCGGCUGCGUCACGGUUAAAUCGACGGCCUGCGUUGCACCGCUUAGCCCCGCUUGA